GCUUCAACUUUGGAGCCUCCCACUUUAAUACUUUAAUACUUUAAUAAUUGACGAGGCGUGUUAGUAUUCAGUCUUCAACCCUGGUCUAUUCCGAGUCAACAAGUUGGACAUCUACCUAGGAAGGAAUCAACAAAUAUGUCGCUCAAUAUCCCGAACGCGCCAAAUGCUGGCCUGUUCAAGCAAGGCUAUAACAACUACGACGCCGAAGAUGGAGCUGUGCUACGAAAUAUCGAUGCUUGUCGGGCCAUCGCUUCUACCGUCCAGACCUCCUUAGGACCCUAUGGCCGGAAUAAAAUUAUUAUAAACCAUCUGCAGAAGAUGAUCCUCACUUCCGAUGCUGCAACUAUCCUCAAGGAGCUCGACGUCGUCCACCCCGCCGCUAAGCUUUUAGUUAUGGCCAGUCAACAGCAGGAGGCUGAGAUGGGUGAUGCCACGAACCUUGUUAUAGUUCUUGCCGGCGAGCUCCUCAAGAAAGCCGAAGAUCUACUACGAAUGGGCCUUAAGACUGCAGAUAUAGUCACGGGUUACGAGCGCGCUCAAGCAUUCGCCCUUGAGGCCUUGGAGCAACUCGUCGUCGACAAGGUAGAUGAUAUCAGGAACCAGGAACAGUUAAGCAAGGCGAUCCGGACGGUGGUGGCGAGCAAGCAGAACGGUAACGAGGAUACACUAGCCACUCUUGUCUCCGAGGCCGUUCUCGCCGUGCUCCCUAAAAACCCUGCUAACUUCAAUGUCGACAACAUCCGAGUAGUGAAGAUCAUGGGCGGAAGCCUAGAGCAGAGCAAAGUGGUGAAGGGUAUGGUCUUCCCCAAGGAGCCAGAUGGAUCUGUCAAGAAGGCCACCAAGGCCAAGGUCGGAGUUUUCUCCUGCGCCCUCGACAUAAGCCAGACUGAGACCAAGGGUACCGUGCUAUUACACAACGCCAAGGAAAUGAUGGACUUCACCAAGGGAGAAGAAGAGCAAUUGGAAGCCGCCAUCAAGGAGCUGCACGAUGUCGGUUUGAGAGUCGUAAUCGCCGGCUCCACCGUGGGAGAGCUUGCCAUGCACUACCUCAACCGAUACGGCAUACUCGUUAUCAAGAUUCUGAGCAAGUUUGAAUUACGGCGGGUUUGCCGUGUCGUCGGUGCUACUCCUCUUGCCAGAUUAGGCGCUCCCAUGCCUGACGAGAUGGGAUCUGUAGACGUUGUCGAGACCCUCGAAAUUGGCGGAGACCGCGUGACGGUAUUCAGACAGGAAGACGAGGUCACAAGGACGGCAACCAUCGUUCUCCGAGGUGCUACGCAAAAUCACCUUGACGACGUUGAGCGAGCGGUAGACGACGGAGUCAACGUGGUGAAGGCUAUCACCCGCGACGCACAACUGGUCCCCGGUGCAGGUGCUACAGAGAUACAGCUCGUAGGAAGGAUACAAGCUUUCGGUGACAAGACUUCCGGCUUGCCGCAAUACUCCAUCCGUAAAUACGGCGAGGCGUUCGAGGUUGUCGCACGGACCAUAGCAGAGAGUGCUGGUCUAGACGCUACAGAAGUGCUAAGUAGACUAUACACAGCACAUAACAAGAAGGACGGCUGGACUACAGGAGUUGACAUAGAGAACAACGACGGCACUGGCACCCUGGAUGCCAAGGAGGAGGGUAUCUUAGACCUUAUGGUCACCAAGUCUUGGGCCAUCAAGCUGGCGACAGAGGCAGCGCGAACGGUGCUAUCGGUAGACCAGAUCAUCGUAGCAAGGCAAGCUGGCGGACCGAAGCCACCGGGACCCAACCCCAACUGGGAUGAGGACUAAAUAAAAAUUCGCCGGUAGUCUUUAAGGGCAGGUCGAAUCUGUAUACGAUUAUAGACGGUCAACCUACAAAUACCAGGGAUGUUGAUAGCAUGAAUUGACUAGACCAAAAACCAGGAGUUAACUGCUGA